GUCUAAGCACUGAUAGCUGGAAUUACAAGUUUACAACGCAUUUUCCGUUAUCAUAUCGAUCCCUGCAAAACCCCCUCCGGCAUUCCACAGAUUCCGAUCCCGUAAAUAUCAAUCGUUGUCGGAAAUAUAGCUCAGAGGAAGACGAGGAUCAGAAGCGGCUGUUACAACUCCUAGAAUUGUCCAUCCGUAGAGGAGAUCGAGAAGUAGGACACAUCUACGGAUUUACAGGCUCGUAUAAAUAACAAAGAAGGGGAAUGGUGUUGGCACUGGUUAGGCCGGCGAGCCAGAAAAUAUUGUGGGAAGUUUUUCCCUCUUGAAAGAAAGAUGGUGAAGUUGACUAUGAUUGCCCGUAUUGUUGAUGGCCUUCCUUUAGCUGAAGGAUUGGAUGACGGUCGUGAUAUACCAGAUGCAGAUUUCUACAAGCAGCAGGUCAAGAGCUUAUUCAAGAACCUAGCAACGGGCCAUAAUGAACCUUCAAGAAUGUCUAUUGAGACUGGCCCUUACAUGUUUCAUUAUGUAAUUGAAGGGCGUGUUUGUUAUCUAACAAUGUGUGACCGUUCGUAUCCCAAGAAACUUGCCUUUCAAUACCUGGAAGACCUUAAGAACGAAUUUGAGCGUGUGAAUGGUAGUCAAAUUGAAACUGCUGCUAGACCUUACGCUUUUAUUAAGUUUGAUACUUUCAUACAAAAGACAAAGAAACUGUACCAAGACACAAGAACUCAACGCAAUAUUUCUAAGUUGAAUGAUGAGCUUUAUGAAGUUCAUCAGAUAAUGACACGCAAUGUACAAGAAGUUCUUGGGGUUGGUGAAAAGUUGGACCAGGUCAGUCAUAUGUCCAGCCGCUUGACAUCAGAGUCUCGCGUCUAUGCUGAUAAAGCAAGGGAUUUGAAUCGUCAGGCUUUAAUUCGAAAAUGGGCCCCUGUGGCGGUAGUCCUUGGUGUUGUUUUCCUCCUUUUCUGGGUGAGAAAGAAGCUUUGGUGAAAUGGUGUUGCCUUCGACCUCAAGUCUGUCUAACAGAUUGCUAAGAAUAUCUCGCUUGCUAAACCUUCAUGACUUGGAUUAUAUACCCAAUUGUCAUGAGCCAGGCUCAUUUGUGAUUCACGCCAUGCACAUCACUACAAUAUGAUGCUGAGAAAGUCUUGCAUCUCUACAAUAUCAUUACAAAGAGAUUUGUCCUCUUACUGUGGAAAGAAGACUCAAAGGUAUACCAUAAUAUGACAUGUAAACAGAGUAGCAGCCAUCUCACAUUUUCAGAAAUCAUCUCACAUUUUAGCUAUUUGAUUUUCCAUUUUCCCGUUUAUACCUGUCUUUUUCAUUCGACAAAUGCUGUGAUUUAGAUUGUCAUUUUAUUUCCAACUUCCCCUUCAUCUCUCUCCCUGUCUUGCAAGAGUGAGUAUAUAUACCUAUGUGUCUUCAUUUGUCA